CCCCACCAAGUAUAUCCACAACAUCGGUUACGCCAACCUUGUUCGGUCUCUUAUAUUAUUCAAUCACUCGUCAACGAUGCUUCCACAAUGAUCUGCAAACAUCAACUCACUUCUUUUUCUAUCUGAAGCAUCGAAAUCUCACGCUACGUGGAGCCGCCGUAUGAAUAUCUUGGUCCAAAUCCUCACCACGCUAUAGCCCCGUUCAAUUUGGUAUAAUACUAGGUACCAAUCUAGAAUAUAAUAAGCAUCAAACAAUCUAGAAGGGUAACAGCUAUCAAGUCUACAUUCACUUCUUCUGGCUAACAUUUUUCAUGAAGACCCUUCAAAUCACUUCAUCUCUUCAACCAAUUACAAACGUUAUUCUAAGCAGCCGAGCUGUUUGAACAUUUACUUUAGCAUCAAUCGGCUCUGGAAGCUUAAUAUCACGCUAUCACGCAUCACGCACUGUUUAUUCAGGUUUAUACUUUUUCCAAAUAUCAACAAUGGCGUACGAUCACCCGGUCCAAAACAGUGAGGUCUACCUUCUCAAUUCGGCACCUCAUGCCUGCCUUCCUGCUUCGGCUCCACCAUCACCACCAACUCCUAGUACAUCAUGCGACGAACUUCCACCCCCACUGGACGACCUCAUGUCAUUGACUCCUCCAAAGAUAGAAAAGGGAUGCCCGCCCUUUAAUCAACGCUUGACAAGAGCAGUUCAUGUUCUUAGCACAGAAGCAACAUCUCUCUCAUCCUUAACUAUGCUGUAUGACACUGAUCCAGUCGCAAGAGAUGGAUUCAGCCAUGCUGUAGAAGCUAUCAAAAAAUCCAUUGGGGAGAGGGGAAAGCUUGUUAUUUGUGGUGUAGGAAAGAGCGGACACAUCGCCCAGAAACUUGUUGCGACAAUGCGCAGUCUCAAAAUACCCGCAAUUUUUAUUCACGCAACAGAAGCUGUGCACGGGGAUGUUGGAGCUAUCGGAAAAUACGACACAAUUCUCUUGAUAACUUUCUCUGGUAAAACCAAAGAAUUACUUGACUUACUUCCUCAUCUCGAUCCGUCACUUCCAAUGAUCGUUUUGACUGGCCAUAGACAUCGAUCAAGUUGCGAAAUUAUUAACCUUCGACCAAAGACGAUUCUAUUACCCGCGCCGAUUCAUGAAUCAGAAACGUUAUCAUUUGGUUGUUCAGCUCCAACGACAUCUACCACAAUGGCUAUUGCCGUAGGAGAUGCUCUUGCUUUAGCUACCGCUCGAGAACUUCAUUCAGACAUCGCCGCCGUCUUUUCCAAAAAUCAUCCCGGUGGUGCCAUUGGUGCUGCAUUCAAGGCAACUCAAACUGUUUCUGAUAUCGCGGUCUGUCUGGCCGAUAUGCCAGACCUUGGUAAUGGGCCAAACACAGGAGCUGAUGUCCUCAUUAAAGCUUAUGGGUCAGAAUCUGGUUGGGUCAGAUGUGGAACAGACACCGUCAUACCACCAAGUUGCAUCAAACAGCUUGGAAAAUCUGACAUGAAUUUGCCAGCGACUUCUAUUAAUGGUUUAAUGAUAUCCAAAAAGAAUUGGGUCACCAUUCCAGCCGAUACUGAAGUUUCGGCAGCAAAGGAAUUAUAUGGCAAUUUUAGUUCAGAGACUGGUUUCACACAUUCCGACGAUACCAUUCUGGCAAUUAUGGAUGAUCUUGAACUGAUAGGAGUUUUGCACAUUGGUGACCUAGUCUGAAAAGAGGGCUCAGUUUUAUGAUAUGUGGCGUUUUCAAAAGGGAUGGAGGAUACAAUGAUUUUUAUGUUUGGAAGGCCCAAGCGCUUUUUGGAAUGGGCAUCCAAUUUGUAUAUCGAUUGUAUGUGUUUGCUCUGGGGUACAUAGAUAUUCUUCUGUUGGUUUUCAUCGCAUGAUGAUGAUGAUACUAUGUUGAGGCUUGAUUGGUAACCUGGCAAUGGUUUAUGGUUUGGGACGGACGGAUGGAGUGAUGGAUGGAUGGAUGGAUGAAUUAUGAUUAGCAUAGGUUGGAUGCAUGUAUGCAUGUAUGCAUGGAUAAGGGUUUGGAUUCUCCUGUCUGAAUAGGGAGGAAUCAUUUGGAUAUGAUACCACAGCGAUCAAUACUACCUAUCACCUCCCUCAUCUAUCUUCUCGUCUGGUCUGCCUGCUAUGGUGAAUGACAUCGGGAUCAUGAUCGGAACGAAGUCUGUACUGCAUAUCAUAUCGUUUGUCCACUGCUAUACCGGUAGUAACCGUACAUCAAGCGACCUCGACCUCACAAUCUCGAACCCGAAGUGACAGUCUAAUAACUUUGUGACCCUGAAUUAGAGUUUUAGAGUUCAUUAGUAGGUAGGUACCUAACAUAUACCAUACCAUGCCAUGAUAUACAUAGA